AUGUUGAGCAAUUUAUUUGCCAUCUUGGAAUGGCAAUGGUGUGAACCUGAAGUAGAACCUCAACUGGGACCUCAACUGGAACCUCAACUAAAACCUGAACUAGAACCUGAAGUAGAACCUCAACUGGGACCUCAACUAAAACCUGAACAAGAACCUGAAGUAGAGUUACAACUAGAACCUCAACUGGGACCUCAACUGGAACCUCAACUAGAACCUGAAGUAGAACCUCAACUAGAACCUCAACUAGAACCUCUACUAGAAUCUCAACUAGAACCUCAGCUAGAACCAGAACUGGAACCUCAACUAGAACCUGAAGUAGAAGUAGAACCUCAACUAGAACCUGAACUAGAACCUCAACUAGAAUCUGAACUAGGACCUCAACUAGAAUCUGAACUAGAGAAUGAACCUGAACUAGAACCUAAACUAGAACUAGAACCUCUGUUUAGAAAAAGGCAACUUAUAGUUGCAUAUGUUUGGGUGGUUUAA